AUGACGGUUGCCGUGACUGGUGCUUGGACAUCUUCCCGGACAGUCCUACGAGGACGUUCCAUCGGGCGGCAGCAUUCCCUGGUACUGCCGCUUUCUAGCGCGAUCCACGUGGAUUUCAGUUUGAGCGCAAAAGUGCGGAGGAAGCCUUUUGGCCCGCCCGCGCCGCAGCUGCUGGUGCUCCUGGCCGCGCUCCUGGCCACGGCCUCGGGCUACUUCGUCAGCAUCGACGCGCACGCCGAGGAGUGCUUCUUCGAGCGGGUCACCUCGGGCACCAAGAUGGGCCUCAUCUUCGAGGUGGCCGAGGGCGGCUUCCUGGACAUCGACGUGGAGAUUACAGGACCAGAUAAUAAAGGAAUUUAUAAGGGAGACCGAGAAUCCAGUGGGAAAUACACAUUUGCUGCUCACAUGGACGGAACGUAUAAGUUUUGUUUUAGUAACAGGAUGUCUACCAUGACUCCAAAGAUAGUGAUGUUCACUAUUGAUAUUGGGGAGGCUCCCAAAGGACAAGACAUGGAAACAGAAGGUGGUGGAGAUACUUGGGAUGCUCAUCAGAACAAGCUAGAAGAAAUGAUCAAUGAGCUAGCAGUGGCGAUGACCGCCGUGAAGCACGAACAGGAGUACAUGGAAGUCCGGGAGAGGAUACACAGAGCCAUCAACGACAACACAAACAGCAGAGUGGUUCUUUGGUCCUUCUUUGAAGCUCUUGUUCUAGUUGCCAUGACAUUGGGACAGAUCUACUACCUGAAGAGAUUUUUUGAAGUCCGGAGGGUUGUUUAAGAAGUCUUUUCCUGAUGAUCCUAAAUUCAUAAUUCACUGUUUACCAAACACCUUGGUCAUAAUAAUGUCAUUAGUUUGUUUUUAUUUUCUGAACUGUACAUUCACGGCUUUUGUUUCUUUGUGAUUGAUAGGUCUUGGGGAAAAAACACCUUUUUAGCGAAAUUACAGUAAAAAUUUGACAUUUGAUUGGCAUAAUUUCUUAUUUGAAUGCUGCCUUCAUUGUACAGGUCCUUCCAGAACUCAAAACACUGUAAGUGAAAUACAGGCGUAGGGUCUUUUACUGUGUCUUCUUUUUCUUUCACUGUCAUAAUGAAAGACAGUUUGUUAAGGAGAUUGGCACCAAGCCUGCUUGUGCCCUGCUAAAACGACUGCAUUCUUUGGAUCCCCCAUCCUGCAGGUCACAUCGUUACAGAUGCACUUGCUGAGUCCUGAUGAGGAACAGCAGUCCCGAGCUGUCAUUGUCUCUGUCCAGAGGAAGAGCUCUCUGGAGUACUCUGCCAGGCUGGGCACUUCAUACUUGGUUUAUCUCAUUUUUGUUAAAAGGGAAGACUUGCCCCAACACGUUUUCCCUUUAAAAUUUUUACAUUGAAUUUUAGGAUUAAGUCACUUCCACCUAAACUGAUGACACAGCAGCUAAUAACCAUUUUUUGCCUGACUUUAUAAGAAAUCUCUGUUAAAGUCAAUUCUUUGGGCGUUUCAGGAAACCAGCUCCUUUUCCCUGUUGGCUGGCACACCCGCUUUCUCCACUGAUGGCGUGUAGGAAGUAGGCAUUCAUACGGUGGGAGCACCUGGAGUUCUGACCGCAGAGGGUUGAGCCUCGUGGUUGCUGCAGUGGUACACAGCCACUGUUUCCUUUGAUCAGUGGCCUCUGGGCCACCGUCGAGGGCACGGAACAUCAGUGUCAGCACUAGCGUUUUUGUUGUUUCUCUUGGGUAUUUCUAUUUUGGCACAUGUGAAUUUUGUUUUAUAUAAAACAAAAUGAAUUUCUCGGCCUUUGAUAAUGGGUUUAAAAUUAAAGGAGCAUCUGGUUUUGGUGUGGGAUGAUCCGGGAUUAUGUUGAGACUGACGUAUGUUAGUUACUUGUACAUUUUUUUUGGAUCUUCGCAAGGGGAAAACUACAAGUAACGAGUUUUAUAUAAUUAAUUUAAAUUUGUUACAGGUUUUCAUGUUCAGGAUAAAUAAUUUUUCAACCUUGGGUGAAAAUACUUGCAACAGUUUAUUAUAAGGUGAUUGUGUUUCACCUCAGGACAACUGUUGCAUGCCAAUUUUUUGUGUGUGUGUGUGAAAACACUUCAAAUUGAAUUAAAAGAUGUAAAUUUAAAAUUGGUUGUGUAUCUAAUAUGCCCCAGGUUCAGUAAAUAAACAAUUCUUUUUAAAAACA